AUGGCAUCAUUAAUAAGAGACUCAAUUCAAACAAUGGGUAAUCCCAACUCUACGACCACCCAAGAUCAAGACAUAAUAAAAUCAGAAAAAUCAAUAAAUUCAAUAUCUUUCUUAAAAUCAUUAAAAGAUUGGUGGUCUUGUCCUUCUCCUUUGAUUUAUGAUUCUACUCAAAAUUUACAAAUUGAUAAAUAUGAAAAAGCGAAAUUGAAUAAUCGAAUUAUUGAAUAUGAAUUGUUUAGAGCUAUAUUACCUGAAGAAAUAUAUAUUAAGAACCCAGUUGAAAAAAUAACAGAAGGGACCAAUUCUGAUGAGUCGUCAACUACAGAAACAGAAGAUUUAGAAAAGAUAAAGCAUAAAGUAUCUGGAGAAUUAAUAGAUGUUGAAUUAGAUGAUGGAACAUUUAUACAUGAAUUUUAUCUAAGUAAUAAUGAAGAAACCACUAAAGAAAUUCAUAUAGUGAUAAUACAUGGGUAUAUGGCAGCUUUAGGAUUUUUUUUGAAAAAUAUAGAACCAUUAGUGAAAAUACCAGGAGUGAAAUUACAUCUAAUUGAUUUACCAGGAUUUGGGAACUCUUCAAGACCAAAAUUUCCUAUUGAAUUUUUAGUUGAUCCACCGACAAAGAAAGCUAAAAUACAACAAAUAUUAGAUAUUGAAAAUUGGUUCAUUGAUAAGAUUGAAAAUUGGAGGAUAAAACGUAACAUUACUAAAUUCAAAUUAAUAGGUCAUUCAAUGGGUGCAUAUUUAUCUUGUUGUUACUUGAUGAAAUACAAUCUCCAAUCAAACCGUGAAAAUUUAGUUGAUCAAAUCAUUAUAGUAAGUCCAAUGGGUACUGAAUCAAAUCCAACAAGUUUAAUAAAUGAUUCAAGAUACGACAUUAACUUACAUUUUUCAAGUAAUGCUCUUAACGAAUUAAAAUUUGAAGAUCAUGAAGCUAAUGGUGAAGAAAUAAUUAUAAAUGAAGAAUUUACCACGUUAUGGGAAAAGUUAGGAGCACCAAAAUUCCCCAAAAAUGUUAUAUUGAAAACAAUAUGGGAGAAUAAUUAUUCACCUUUCCAAAUUUUACAAAAAACAGGUCCAUUAUAUUCCAAAAUUUUAUCAUAUUGGUCAUUUCAAAGAUUUAAAAAUUUCCAAACUACAUCCACAGACAAAAAUGAAAUAAUAGAAUUAAUAUUAAAAUUACAUAAUUAUUCAUAUUCAAUUUUUAAUCAGUAUCAACAAUCAGGUGAAUUAGCAAUUACAAAAUUUAUAACUUCAGAAAUAUUAGCAAAAUUACCAUUAUGUGAUCGAGGAUUAGUUGAUUUCUUGGUGGAUCAUAAUAUAGAUAAUUAUUGGAUUUAUGGAGAUAAAGAUUGGAUGAAUUAUAAAGGUGGUGAAUAUAUUUUUGAAAAAAUCAAGAAUAAGAAUUCAAAAUCCAUUACAAAAUUUGAAAUAUUGGAAAAUGCUGGUCAUCAUAUUUAUUUAGAUAAUCCUACAUUAUUCAAUCAAAGAAUUAUUGAGUUUUUUAAAUUAUAG